AUGGAAGUAAAAAUAUUAUCUCCACAACUGGGAAUGCAUCUCUAUAAUUUUUUAUUUAAUUAAUAUCCAGGAGUAUUGCAUUCAUAACAGGUUCCAACUAAGCAAGAUGUGCAUUAUUCUUAGCAAGUGAGAUUGCAUGAAUCACAACCAUCAUAAUUAAGUAAGUUGCCGUCGUCACAUCCCUCAUAAUAUGUAACAAUUUUAUCUCCACAAAUUGGAGCACAUUCACCACUUUUACUCAACAAUUAAAAUCCUGAUUUGCACUUAGUACAAACCCCUUAAAUACAUAAGUCACAAAAAUUAUCACAUGAAAAAACGCAAUUGAUGCAACCAUCAAAAGGGUCAUUAUUUCCAUCGUCACACUGCUCUGUGCCUCCUACAAUUUAAUCACCACAAAAAGUAACACAUCUAAAAGUAGCUAAAUUAAUAUAAUAUCCAAUAGAAUUAUCACAAUCAUAACAUUUUCCAUAGAUGCAAUUUGUACAUUGAAGUUAACAUUAAAAUUAACAAUUAUAACAUCCAUCAUAAGGAGUCAGAUUAUUAUCCUCACAUUAUUCUUAACUAACAAUAGAACUAUUUCCACAUGUAGGAAAACAUCUUUUCAUAGUCUUUUAAAGUGUAUAACCAGAAGAACAAACAGAACAUUAUCCAUUGAC